AUGGCUUUGUGGGCUCGGCAGGUCUCCCGCGGGUGUUGCCUGCUGCAAAAGGCCCGUGCUGCCGAAUUUCCUGGAAGGCUGAGGAGCUGCAGCAGCACCGCACGGGCAUGUCGUGGGAUCUCCCCUCUGACUGGGCUGCCCUCUAGAAAUGACGUUCUUCCGUGGAGAUUGCAGGCGCACAGGCACGUAUCUGUAGGAAGCUGUUCUCCGCCUGACAGUGCCAAGGAUGAAUCCUUUUCUUCUCCCGAAAGUAACUUGCCUCCACCAGUAAAACAGGAACAAGCAAAAGCAGAAACAUUACCUGACCUGAAUGCAAAAAUACUGUAUGAAGACUGGGAUGACAUCCCACCUUCGUCUGCUUUGGAGGAGAUUUCUGAGGAAGAAGCCGUACAGAUCAUUGCAGAACCGCUUCUUCCCCUUCAAUCUUCCACACUCCGAGAUUAUGUUGAUCACUCAGAAACCCUGGCGAAACUCGUCCAGCUAGGAGUUGACUUAUCCCAAGUGGAGAAACGUCAAAAGGCAGGUCAACUCUUACUGACCUUGGACUUUGAAAAAGAUAUAAGAAAAAUACUUCUCUUUCUUAAGGAUGUGGGUGUAGAAGACAAUCAGCUGGGACCAUUCCUGACCAAAAAUCCAUACAUCCUUGCUGAAGAUUUGGAAGCUUUAGAAACCAGAGUGGCUUACCUAAAAUCAAAAAAAUUUGGUACGGCAGAAAUUGCUCAGAUGGUCUCAAGAGCUCCAUAUUUGCUGUUGUUUUCAGUGGAAAGGCUGGAUAACAGACUGGGUUUCUUCAAAAAUGAGCUUGGCCUCAGUGUAAAAAAGACAAAGGAUCUGGUAAUUCGUCUUCCAAGGCUACUGACUGGCAAAUUAGAGCCUGUAAAAGAAAAUCUUCAGGUUUGUCAGAUUGAACUUGGUUUUCAGCGUAAUGAAAUUCAACAGAUUGUGUUUAAAACCCCCAAGAUUUUAACUGCAAAUAAAAAGAGGCUCAAACAGACAUUUGACUACUUACACAACAUAAUGGGCAUUCCCCACCACAUGCUUACUCGCUUUCCCCAGGUUUUCAACUCAAAGCUAUUACGAAUCAAAGAGAGACAUAUGUUUCUUACAUUCUUGGGAAGAGCCCAGUAUGACCCAGCACAACCCAGCUACAUCUCUCUGGACCAGCUAGUAUCCUUGCCCGAUGAGGUGUUUUGUACAGAGAUCGCCAAAGCUUCUAUACAGGACUUUGAAAAAUUCUUGAAAACACUUUAAUUAGUAACACAUGUAAAAAGGAAUAGAAUAAAGUUAUGAAAUAAACAUAUUUCA